AUGGACUAUCAAGGGAAGACUCCAAAACUAAAGACUUAUUUUAUGAUUUUUAUUAUACAGUUGUGCCUUGUCAUCAUUUUAUUAUUAUUAUUAUAUAACCAUGUAAAUCACUCAGCAUCAAGCAAUGAAUUUUCAUAUUCAAAUAUACGUCAAGAACCAGCUAGCCACACGAAGAUCAUCCUUGUUUGGACCUGGCCAUUUGGUACAAAAUUUCCACUUAAUAAAUGUCCAUCAUACACUGAUAUUUCUGAAUGCUUUUACACAGCUAACAGAACCUUGUAUUCUUCUGCAGAUGCAAUUGUUAUGCAUCACAGAAAUAUAAUGUAUUCCAGACAACAGUUACCUCAGAUAGCAAGGCCACUAAAUCAGUACUGGAUAUGGUUUAACUUGGAACCUCCAUCAUACAGCCCAAACUUGCAUUUUAUGGAUAAUCUUAUCAACCUCACAAUGUCUUAUAGAACUGACUCAGAUAUUUUCUCACCUUAUGGCUGGCUAGAGCCAAAUCAACGAGAAGAGAACUUCACAAUUCCCCCAAAGACCAAACUGGUAGCCUGGGCAAUCAGUAAGUGGAAACCACAUUCUAAAAGAGUACGCUAUUAUCGGAAGCUCAAGAAAUUUCUUCCUGUAGACAUAUAUGGAAGGCAGCAUUUAACUCUCCCAAGAAAAGAAUAUGAAAAAACAUUGUCCAAAUACAAGUUUUAUCUCGCCUUUGAAAACUCAAUUCAUGAAGAUUAUAUUACAGAGAAACUCUGGAAAAAUGCGUUGAAAUCCGGUUGUGUGCCAGUCGUAUUGGGUCCUUCUCGAGAAAACUAUGAGCGCUUUAUUCCGAAAGACUCUUUUCUACAUGUUGAUGACUUCUCUACACCUGAAGAGCUUGCUAAAUAUAUCUUAAAGUUGGACAACGAUGAGAAAGCUUACCAGCAGUAUUUUACAUGGAGGUCCAGACUUCAUCCCUUUGCAGAUACUAACUGGCAGACUCAUUACUGCAGAGUAUGUAAAGCAAUAAAAGAAGCUCCUGCACACAAAACAAUUUCAAAACUUGGAGCAUGGUACAAAUAAUUAUAGGG